CGCAAGAAAACUACUGACUCUCGCUCCCCUCGUGCAAUUCACUCCAUUAUAUCCGUUCAAUGGGACAAUAAAAAACGUCCACCAUAUAAAUGUCUGAUGUCAGAACUGUUAUAAAUAUAUCUAAUUGGAUUUAAAUGGUCAAUCUAUUCCCAGGAUUUACUCAGCCGAAUAUAGCCACAAUAAAGUGAAGAGCGAAGGAGAAACUAGGCCCGCUGUCUUGAAAUAUACACGCGAGACUGUCCUCCUGGCUCUCGGAAGGACAGCUGCUGCAAGAGGAUCUGCCGACAACAAAAAAAAACGUUAUGAAUCCGCUUUCGUCUGUAGCCCAUUGCAGGCUUCGCGAAUAACGGGCGAAGACCCAGCGGAAUGUGAGGACUUGUCACCGGGGGCGACGUCGGGGUUUGGUGGCCUCUUUUUGGCUUUACCCCGUUUCUCGUUUGGGAAAUGCUCCUAUUCAGCUUCUACUCAUCCGCAUCAACAACACCCCCCUUCCCCCCCUCCCUCAGUUUUCAACUCUAGUCUGGGAUGACAGCGUGCGCAGCUGCGGCAGAACGUCCUGAUGGAUCAUCACAACACUUGCAGCAAAUCAAUGCACACCAAAAGCCGCUGACAUGCCCUCUCUUCGUUUGCUCGCCAUUCUCACAACCCUGCUUGCAGUAGUCUUGAUGGCGACCCAGUCGUCCGCAACCAGAACAACCCGCAGACCAAAGCCUCAGAAUACCAAGAAGCCCCCUCGCGGAGGUGGUACCGGAGGAGGGGGAGGAGGUGGCGACCAGCCGGCCCGUCUGGGCUUCAGGCAGACCACCACUACCAUGGCCCCCUCCAGUAGCCUGGGCACCGACGAGACCACAGAGGAUACCAUGACGGACGCCUACUCCUUGUCCCCCACUGACAGCACCACCUACGCAGGCGACGCCUACCCCACAGAGUUCCACACAGACUCCAUGGCGCUCCCUGGAGCCGGCAUGGGAAACUACACCCUGGACUACAGCCACUGCUACUUAAACGUCUGCGAGUGCUGCCCGCCUGAAAAGGGCCCCGUGGGGCCCCCAGGGGAGAGGGGGCCCCCAGGGCCUGGAGCGGAGAGGGGUCUUCCAGGUGUACCUGGAGAGAAAGGUGAUGUGGGACUCAUGGGACCUCCUGGACUGGAUGGUAUGCCUGGAGCUACUGGACUUGAAGGAGAUAAAGGUGACAAAGGCGAUCAAGGAGACACGGGGAUGCCUGGUGCUCCAGGGAUACUUGGGAAAGAGGGACCGAAAGGUGACUUGGGCCCCAAAGGAGAAAAAGGAGAAACAGGCCUCCCUGGCUUGAAAGGAGACCUGGGAGAAAGGGGAAAGCCUGGGUGGAAUGGGACCCAGGGCGAGAAGGGUGACCUGGGUAAAAUAGGCCCUGCAGGUCCCUCCGGGCUGACUGGCCCAAUGGGACAGAAUGGCCAAAAGGGAGAGAUGGGGGAGUGUCCAACUGGCGAGAAGGGGAAAGGGGAGGCAGGCUUGCCUGGCCCCCCUGGGCCGAGGGGGUUGGUGGGACCCCCGGGAGUAAAUGGAACCAAUGGUCUACCAGGGCCUGUAGGUCUGAGGGGUCAGCUAGGCUCCCCAGGAGGGAAAGGGGAGGCAGGGGGGCGGGGGCCCCCAGGCUUGAGGGGCAUGCCUGGGCCGAAAGGAGAGAAAGGCCCCAAGGGCCCACGAGGUGUGCGGGGUCCCAAGGGCCCGCAGGGGGAGACCGCAGAGCAGAUACGAUCUGCCUUCAGCGUGGGCCUCUUCCCCAGCAAGUCCUUCCCCCCCUCCGGCCUUCCCGUCAAGUUCGACAAGGUCCUCUACAACGAAGAGGAACACUGGGACCCAAUGCUCAGCAAGUUCAAUUGCACCCACCCCGGGGUCUACGUGUUCUCCUACCACAUCACCGUGCGCAACCGGCCCCUGCGCGCCGCACUGGUGAUUAACGGCGUGAAGAAGCUGCGGACGCGUGACUCCUUGUACGGUCAGGACAUCGACCAGGCGUCCAACCUGGCUCUGCUGCGUCUGGCAUCGGGGGACCAGGUAUGGCUAGAGACGCUGAGGGACUGGAACGGAGUCUACUCCAGCAGCGAAGACGACAGCACCUUCACCGGCUUUCUGCUCUAUGCCGACCCCAAGGCCUGACCUACGACCUCGCCUGUGAGCCCGGCUUCACCUCUUCAUGACCUGUAUCUGACAACUCCGCAUCCCCUCCAAACGCUUUGCACCACUCGGCUAAAUCAUCUCUGUCAAUGUUGCUAUUGCUACUGCUGCUAACUAUGCUUCUGCCUAUUGCUAUCACAACAACCUGACCAAAUGCUUGCUGUAAUUUGGAUGGGAAAGGCUGUAACACUUUAUGCAACGCUUACGCGCUCUGACAAUGCAAUAAAACACUGCUAAUGCUU